AUGGAAUGUCCGCCUUAUGACAUGAGCAUUGUUGAUCCCUUUUCAGUACUUGAAGAAGAUCUCAAUGAUGUCUCAGAGGUAAUUCGAAGCAAUGGCAUUUGGACGGGAAUGGAAAGUGGGAUUGAGGCAAUGCAUUGGCAAUCGGCUCCUUCAAACACACAUCAUACUCAAACACAUUGGGUGAUGCCAGAAGAUGGCGGUCGACAGCUCACUCCUCCUGGUGUCUACUAUCAUGAUCAGAAGAAUCGCGAGAUCGGCUCAAUUGUCUCCCUUCUCCAAUCCGAUUCACCGCCCCGAGACCAACACAAUCCCCAUUUCUCACCCCCACAUUUCCAUCGCGAUCCAAUGUGGGGAGGCUCGGGGGUAAACCAACAACCACAAACCUAUACAUACAGUAUGCAAAACGAACUGCUGCCACCAGUUGGAAGAAUGCUGCCUGAGUUGAGCGGAUCGAUUCCUUCUCCAUCGAGUCAUACUUUGGUUGAAAUUGGUGUCCCACAAACGUCGUCACAACACGGCUUGGCACAUCAUCUCUCAAUGCCCGCAAUGCAACCGCCUCCAUCACCGCUCAGUAUUGAACCAUUAAGCUUAUCAAGUCCAAUCGCUCCUGAGAUGGGUAGCCCUAGAAUUGAUGAACCAAUAAUUGAUCAAAUCAAUCAAAUGGUCCCCAGUCCGCCAAUGGUUUUUGGAUCCGUCAUCAGCUCACCUAAUACUCAAAAAGUUCGACGUGAGCGAAAACCACUUUUGCUUGUGAAAAGCGAGCCUAAAGAGUUUGUGAUGCCAAACGAGGAGGGAUCCAAAGAAAUUUUGGUCAAACUGCUCGAGUCCAACAAUAUCCGGACAAUCAAGUCACCGAUGGGAUGUGAGACAAAGCCGAGACCAUCCGGGGUAGCCUUGCGAGUAGCUUCAUCAAGCGGGGGUCUCCUAGCGGGACCUAACUUUCUACAAAGUCUCCCCCGAGCUACAUCAGCACCAAGUUUUGAUGAUGAGGACGAUGAUGAAGAUGACGAUAUGGGUGACGAUGAUUUACCCCCACCUACCAAGAAAGGUCCAAAGACAGAACGACGUACCGCCCACAAUCUAAUUGAGAAAAAGUACCGCUGCUCGAUUAAUGAUCGAAUUCAACAAAUGAAAGCCAUGCUUGCUGGAGAUGAAGCCAAGCUAAGUAAAUCGGCGACACUACGGCGUGGGAUCGAACACAUCGAAAUGCAGGAUCGAGCCAUACGAGAAUUGCAAUCAGAAGUGCAUUUCUUGCGCAAUUUGCUUGCUCAAAACAAUGUUGAGGUUCCUCCAUUGUCCAUCUCAAUUGAAGACCCAAUAGGUUCACCGCUUUCUGGCAAUACUACAAGAUCUUCGUCAAGAGUCGCUAGUCCACAUACAUCACCUCUGAGUUCUCCAAAAAGCGGGAAACGGGCCCGAGCUCGAGAUGAGUCUCGUUUGGGACUUUUUGCAGUGAUGUUGGCUGUGCUUUUCUUCAAUCCCCUCUCAUUGGUCUCUCUUUCUGGAUGGGCAUCAGCUGAAGAUACACAAAGUUACACUCCCGAUCACCAUUCUCGAGUUCUUCGAUCGGCUGAUUAUGGUGACGAUGCGCCUUUUGAGGCCUAUCAAAGUGUGGAUGAGUGGUACACAUCAAGUUUCGUGCGAGGGAUUUUUAUUUGGACAGUGAACGCAUUUGUCGUCAUUUGCAUACUCACUCGAUUGCUGGUUUAUGGUGAACCUGUUCAAGAUUUAAAGUCAAGAACUUGGACUGAGUUUGUGGCGGUAAGGAAUAAAGCAAGAGAAAGCCUUGAAAAGGGAUUACUUCGAGAGGCACAGCGAAAUCUUGUCGACGCACUUUCGAUCUUGGAUAGGCCACUACCAUCAGCUGGAAUUGAGACGAUUGUUUCAAUUACAUGGCAGGUGAUAAGACAUUUGCUCAACUCGAUGUGGAUAGGAAGAUGGCUAGCGAGAAGAGGAAGAAAUGCAGAGAAACCGCAAACUGUCGUUUGUCGAAGUCAUGCUCAUACAGCGCUCGUUUAUCACAAAUUGCAUCAAUUGUACCUUCUAUCGCCUGAAGCAUUCCCAUCACGGUUUUGCUCGUUGCAUUUGAGUUUGUCAGCAGUGAAUUUGGCGGAAAGUGCGGGAUCUGGAAGAGAUGGUAUUCCUCGAGCAAUUCAAGCUGCUAUUUAUCUUGGAGCGGCUCUUAGUGUUCGUUUGACUCUACCGCGAUAUUUGUCCUCAAUGAUGGCUUUGUAUUUCAUUAAAAGAGCGAAACGUCAGCUAAGAAGAGCCGAUCAAAAUACGGUUUCCGGGUUAGCCUGGACUGUUCAUCCGAUUGCUCGUCGUUUUCUGAGCGAAGAAGAUCGAGUAAAAACAAUUCUCACCACUCGCAAUUUUGAUUCACGACCAUUUGUGGCACCUACAGAUCCCGGAAACGCUCUUGGAAGACUUCGUGAUGCUUUUAAAACGCAUUUAGUCAAAAUGCUUUUAGAUGAAUUACAGUCAGAAACGACUCCAAAAAUCGAUGUAGCCGACAUUUCACAGCUUCUCCUUUCCAUUUGUACAGAAGGGCCACAAACUGCUGAAAUUGAUAAAAUGUUUGCUGAUCCAUUCCUGAAAACAGUCACCACUGGAGAUCCGAUGUGUUUAUGGUGGACUCAUGUAUUAUCGUGUGCUCUUUAUUGGAGAGCAGGAGAUACAAACCGCGCCAAAACCCAUUACACCCUGGUACGCCAAUGUCCGUCUCAACUUCUUGAUGAUCAAUUGGCUCUAGCCGUCGGUCACGCCUUUUGCAGCAGAAAGCUUUGCAUCGAUAAUCGAGACAACAAAAAUUUCGCUCCAUUGGCAGCAUUGCACUCGCGAAAGGCGCUUGAAGCAUUGCGGACCGUGGUGGCAAGACCGGCAAUGCCACAAGUCAGCCAUAUUCAGGAAAGUUUCCGGCAGCUUUCAUAUGAAUGGAUUCUUUCAUCGGUGCUUGAUGGUUGGCGUGGAUGUCUUGAUUUGAAAAAUCCAUAUUGGUUGAGUCGACAAAACGUCGAAUUUAAAACUUUAUACCAAGAAGCCUAUAAUCACUAUCAAUUCAUUGCCGAUCAGCAAAAAAGUGCCGAGUUGAAGUGUUCGAUCUAUCGAAUGACGUGUAGGAUGUUGAAUGGAGCGAAUCCGAUUCACACCUUCACUUGCCUUCAACGACUUCGGAGAGAGAUUCAGAAUCGUGAUGCCACUCGGAUACCAUUCCGACGUGAGGAUGCCCCCGAUCGAUAUCAUAUGCACGUUCUCGGAAAACUCCACUCUGACAUUAACUCGAUCGCCGCGAAAAGGCGA